GAAAUAAAACAACAGUAAAGUUGAAGCAGUCGGCGUCCUGGAUCAUCCGGCUUGCUGCAUGUCGAACAGGUAUCUCUACGCCAAAGCAUUUUAAAGAUGAAAUCUGCAGUGUGCAGAAACAGACAUUUUGUCAUUGCUGCUCUGAGUAUGAUCAUGGUUCGUGUUUCCUACUGUAAGCUGACACACUCAAGCAUACCAGCCAUUGCUGUUUACUUUGGGACCAAAGGACGAUAUGAAGAAGUGAACCCACAUUUAAUAGAUGAUGUUUUGUUUGUGAAUAAAUCUCUGGUGAGUCCUCCAGCUGCUGACUGUCAGGCAGUGCACUUAGUGGCGCUGAUCAGACACGGCACGCGCUUCCCUACAACCAAAAACAUUAAAAAGCUGCACCGCCUGUAUGAUGUGGUGAUGACUGAGGCGUCCGGCUCUGACCAGUGGCUCAGCGACAUUCAGAACAAAUGGGCCAUGUGGUACACUGAGGAUAUGGACGGGCAGCUAGUAGAGAAAGGCAAGGAUGACCUGAGACAUCUGGCCGUGAGGUUGAGCAAGUCGUUUCCCACACUGAUUUCAGAAGAAAACCUCCGCGCCGAGCGCAUGGAGUUUAUAAGCAGCUCCAAACACAGAUGUGUGGACAGCAUCCAGGCUUUCCAGGAGGGACUCCUCAAACACUGGGAUGCUGGAGAUGUGGGUUUCAGACACUACGUGAAUGAUUCACUCAUGCGCUUCUUCGAUCAGUGCAAAAGAUUUGUUGAAGAUGUUGAGCACAACAAGACCGCCCUGAAGGAGGUCAAACUUUUCAAGUCGUCUCUGGAGAUGGAUGAAGUCUGCAGACGGGUGGCCAGUCGCUUACAGGUUCCACACAGUCAUAUAACACCAGAUUUGGCUGAAGCCGCUUUCUUCUUGUGCUCCUAUGAGUUUGCAAUCAAGUCUAAGAAUUCUCCGUGGUGUAAACUGCUGGAUGAAUUGGAUGCUCAGGUCCUCGAAUACAAAAAUGAUCUGAAACAGUACUGGAAAAGGGGAUAUGGCCAUGACAUCAACCGCAAAUCGAGCUGCGUCCUCUUUCAUGAUGUCUUCAGGAGGCUCGACCAAGCGGCGUAUGACUACAGGUUUGGAGAGGUGAUGAAGGCAGUUACCAUUCAGGUGGGCCAUGCUGAGACUCUGCUGCCUCUGCUGUCUCUGAUGGGUUUCUUCAGGGACGAAACGCCACUAACGGCCAAGAACUUCCUUCUGCAGCACAGCCGCAAGUUCCGCAGCAGUCAAAUAGUGCCUUACGCCGCAAACCUGCUCUUUGUCCUAUAUGACUGCACAGAUGGACUCAGGCUCCAGUUCUUCCUCAAUGAGAAACCAAUGGCUUUUCCUAACAUAAGUGACCCAGCUCCACUGUAUGACACAGUCAGGAACCACUACUCUGAUCUCCUGGGUGGCUGUGAUUUUAAGAAAGAAUGUGAAUUGCCUAAAGAUAAAGUCAAGAACACUGAACUGUGAUGUAGAUAAGCAAAAGGUUUGGCUGGGGGUGAAAGUAAAGGAAAAUGGGUGAAAGUGAAUAUGCCAGUACUGUAAUGAACAAGCUUUUAUUGUGGGUGAAAUCACGGGUGAGAUGGCUAACCAAAUGUGUGUGAUUUUAUUGGUGACCAAAUAUGCGGUUUAUUUAUGGUUUUAUGAGUUUUUUCUUUCUUUAGUUAGAACAUUUCUUAACAGAAGCCAAAUUUGAUUAAGUACUCAGACUGUAAGGUACCAAAUAUAUUUCUACUAUUUUUUUAUUUUUCAAAUAAAAAAAGACAUAUUUUUAUUUGAAGUGUGCACUUUUAAAAUAAACAGUCUGGUGUCUUGGUUUGGUUUGCACUGACGUAGCCUGUUGUGUAAAUGCAUAGAGUGAUGGUGGCUCUGUCAAUAUCCUCUUAUUAAUCAGGCUUAAAUAUUUGACAAACACAAAUAUCCAACAAAUUAGUUUGUUUUUGCAAAGUAAGGAUUAAACAAGAAUUUGGUUUGCUAAAUACUACUUUGGUUUGCUACAAAUAAUAUGAAUAUAUUCAACUUUCUUGAAAUGCUUUUCUCUUUUUGAGAGUGUGUAUCAUGAUUAUGCCUAUAAUUGCCUAUAAUUUAGUGCUAAUUAUGUUGAGAAUAUACAGUCAGGACUGCAAAGGAUUUUCAUCCAAGUAUUAAAAUUAUGGUUAUAUUUACAAUUAUGUCACUUUGUCCAAAUACCUUUGAGCCCCUGAAAAUGGAAGCACUUUGCUUAAAAUGGCUGUAAUUCCUAAAGGGUAAAUGCCACAUUUUUGUGGAACCUCUUAAAAUAAAGAUGAAAGUCUACACUUCGA